AUGGAAUAAAUUUAUUUGAGUUACUUAAGAAAGAGUACUCUUGAAAUAAUUUAAAAAUUCUAUUUAAAUAAAUUAUUCUUAAAUUAUUUAAAUUUUUUAAAAUAAUAUAAACCAUCCAUUAAAAUGAGUACUAUUGAAACUGAAGAGUUAAGUUUGAAUAAUCUUUGUUAGGAGGGAAAUUUUUGUUAAAAAAUAUUAAACAAUUUUGACAAAUUAUUUGUAAAAAUGCAGUUGUGA